AUGAAAUUUGCAGUAGCAGAAGAAGCUUUGAGAAAACAAUGGAAGACAUCAGGUAAUUACCAACUAAUCCCUCUUGGUAAAGGUUUCUUCAUCAUAAAACUUGCUAAUGAAGUUGAUAUGAAGUAUAUUUGGAAUGGUUUUUGGAAAAUUGGAUCACAAAUUUUUAAAUUGAGACUCUGGGAACCUAACUUUAAUCCUGCUGCUCGAAAAUCCACUACAUCUUUUGUGCGGGUUAAUUUUCCUGAUUUAGGUAUUGAAUACUGGAAAGAAAAAAUUCUUAUGUCUUUGGGUGAUGCAAUUGGAAGAGCUAUAAAGGUUGAUGAAACAAGUCUUAAAAGGGAAGUAGGGUAUUAUGCUAGUGUUCUUGUUGAAGUAGAUUUACCAAAUACUGUUCCACAUCAUGUUUUGGUUAAAUCAAAAUAUGGCAGUUUUGAACAAGAGGUACAAAUUCCAAAAUUACCAAGUUUUUGUAGCCAUUGCAAGGUGCUUGGUCAUUUGGUCACAGAAUGUAGAGUGUUGAGAAGUGAUCCAUUACAACAAGAGGUUGAAGGCGUGGAAGUUGAGGAUGAAAGCUAUAAUGAAGAGGCAAUUGUUGAUGCUAUCACUCCCUUGGAGAAGGAUGCUGAGAAAGUUAUUGAUCCUGCAAGUAAUAAUACAGUUUCUAUUACAAAGCAAGUAAUUACUGUGAAUUUGGGAGGAGUUUUAGUGUCAGGGAUACAUGCCGCUUCACUUACUGUUGAUAGAAGAACAUUAUGGUCUGAAUUGGAAUAUGUUAGUAGUAUGGAUUUACCAUGGCUUUUAAUUGGUGAUUUUAAUAUUGUAUUGAGUAUUGAAGAGAAGAUAGGUGGAAGGGGUCCUUUAGGGUGGCAAUACAAGAUUUCCAUGAAGUGUUGA